AUGUUCAAUGGGAUUUGUCCCUCAUUAUAUGGAGAUCAACAAACAGUUUGGGACGUGAUGGCCCCGAACCCACCAGAAAAUCAACAAGUCCACUCCGUCGGGGCCACACCCGAAAUGGUCGCUUACUGUUUCGAUGUUCUCGUUGGGAAAUUGACAAAUCAACAUGUCACCAUUCCAGCAUCCAUUCCACAUUCGAAAUUUCCACUUUUUGUCACAUGGAAGAAGGGCAACGACAAGCGACUUCGCGGUUGUAUAGGAACUUUCUCCAAUCUCAAUCUGCAAAACGGUCUUCACGACUACGCGUUGACAAGUGCUUUUGAAGAUUCGCGAUUUGAGCCCAUUCAAAUAAAUGAAGUCACUCAAUUACAUUGUGGGGUUUCUUUGCUGAUCAACUUCGAGGAUGCUAGUGAUUAUUUGGACUGGGAGGUCGGAAAACAUGGAAUUCGGAUACACUUUUAUGUGAAUGGACGUGAGAAUACGGCUGUGUUUCUGCCAGAAGUUGCCCCUGAAUGUGGUUGGGGUCACAUCGAGACAGUCGACAAUUUAAUCAAGAAGAGUGGCUAUCGAGGGAAAAUUGAUGAACAAUUGAGGAGAAGUCUGCGAGUUGUUCGAUUCCAAAGCAGCAAGAGUAAUCUCAGUUAUCAGGACUAUAUCACCUAUCGAAAUGGACCAAAA